GUGAGCACUUCCGUGUAAUGCAGAAGACAAUAAUCCAUCGCACUAACGUUACUACUAGCUAACUAUUUUCCUUAACGCCAACUGGAUCUGUCAUGUACAAUUCUAUGGCUAGAAUAUGUAGCGCAAGAUUGUGCUGUUUUAUUUGUCUUGUUUUAAACUGUACACCAAGUUCACUUGCUGGAAAAAUGAAGAUUGUAGAAGAACCAAAUACGUUUGGGAUUAACAAUCCCCUGGCAGUUCCAGGGAACAGGCUUCAGCCCAAAGUGUCUCCCUCUCCAGUGUCAGGACCGGCUCAUCUUCACAAGCUCUCAGGGAAGUGUUUCAGCUACAUAGAAUCUACAUAUAAAUAUGAAUUCUGCCCAUUCCACAACAUAACCCAGCACGAGCAGACAUUUAGGUGGAACGCCUACAGCGGCAUACUGGGAAUCUGGCAGGAGUGGGAGAUUGUCAACAACACUUUCAAGGCCAUGUGGAUGAGGGAGGGAGACUCCUGUGGAAAUAAAAACAGGCAAACUAAGGUGCUCCUCUCCUGCGGGGUCAGCAGUAAGCUGGCACAGGUGUCAGAGCCCAGCACCUGCAUGUACUCCCUGUCCUUCGAGACACCGCUUGUGUGCCACCCUCAUUCGCUACUAGUGUACCCAGCACUAAGUGAAAAGCUGCAAAAUGACUGGGAUGAAGCUGAACAAGCUCGCUAUGAGGAACUCAUCACUGAGCAGGGAUACAGUAACCUACUAAAGGACAUUUUUGAGGAAGCUGGCUAUUUAAAGACCCAGAAAGUGACUGAGAAGAAGGAUAUCAGUAGCCCCACAAAAGAUUUUGAGUCCCUUGAGAAAUGCAAUGAGGAGUUUCACAAACAGAGCAAGGAGAUUGAGAGACUACGGGCACUGCUGACUCAACACAACAUUCCUCAUGAGAAACAGCCGGCAGAACAGCCCCAGAUUCCUGUGGACGUGGCCCCUGCGGCCCCUGAGGACAGUCACCUGCGGGGGGACAUGGGGCUCCUGCCAGACCUGCAGUGAGUGAGGGAGGGGCUCCUGCCAGACCUGCAGUGAGUGAGGGAGGGGCUCCUGCCAGACCUGCAGUGAGUGAGGGAGGGGCUCCUCCAGCCACACGUUCUUCUCCCGUGGAGACGAACACAGGACUGCCUUCAAUGUGUUUUAACCAGUGCCCAAUAAUCAUCCAGCUCUUCGGAGAGGGUCUGUUCCACACUGGGUUUUUACAGUGCAGGACUUCCAGGGAGAGGGGCGCUUAUGGCGGGAUGAGAAAUUAAAAUUUGGAUGAAGGAAUCAGCUCAGAUUUAGGGUUUUUCACCAUUGUUGGUUUUUGUCUUCUUUCAUUUUUUUGUAAAUAUGUAAUAUAUAGUGUGUGUGUACAUUUGAGUAACAUUUGCAAAAUAAAGGUAAGAAUUGUAUAAAAUUGCAAUUGAACAUUAUUUUUACUCUCAAAUCAUUAGAGGUAGCUUGACCUUCUGAAUGCCCAGCACCAUAUGCAAAAUCAAGCUCAAUCACCAAUGUAUUAAAUAUCAGAGACUCCAAAAGUAUCCAGUGAUGACUACGCCCAAACCAUAUAAUUUCUCAUCACCUUCAUGUUCUUUGGUGUGACUGUGUAGCUUGCAUAUUUGUAUCUUUUGCACAUUUUGUACAAAUUAUAAUUCUGUGGAAAAAUUGUCCCCGCAUGCCUACAGUUGAAAAUCUCUAUAAAACUGUGGUUAAUAUUCAGUCUCUAUUGAAAAGAAUCUUUAGUGCAAUAAAGAUGUUCUGGAAAUUA